AUGCGCGUUCAAAUGCUUCAAGAUCCAUCCACUGAAACAUUCUCAAAACAGCUCUUAGGUAUCGGUGAUGGAAAAGUUGCUAUAGAUGAAACUGGAUGCGUAAAAUUACCGAUUUCUGCACAAUCGUUGAUUCACAAGAUACUCUCAUUAUACAUAAAUCAUGAGUGGCUUGCUGAAAGAGCAAUUUUAGUGGCAAAAAAUAUAGACGUUGACAAUUUAAAUCUGAAGAUACAGCAGUUGUUGCCAGGGAACUUGGUAUCAUACAAAUCUAUUGAUACAGUUUGCGAUGCCAGCGAAGCUGUAAAUUUUCCCACAGAGUUUUUUAACUCAAUGGAUUUUCCAGGCAUGCCACCGCAUAAUUCACAAUUAAAGGUUGGGUCGCCGAUUACCUUGCUUCGUAAUUUGAACCCGCCACGGCUGUGUACCGGUACGCGAUUAGUCAUUCAAAAAUUAAUGAAAAACGUCAUCGAAGCCAGCAUUUGA